CAAAAGGACAACAUCUGCAAUGGCCAAACAACCUGCUUACUUGGGUCGUUGCCUUGGAUGAUCUUGGAUCCUGUACUUGGAUCGAUGACUUGUUUCCUUUUGGUCCCCUUUGGUGCUUGACUGCUUGACUCUAUUCACAGAGGUUGGCUCCUUCAAAAGCGCUGACACGUCAAGCCGCUCCUGCCUUAGGUCGAGCCAUUGGAGCAGGCCCAGCGGCUCUUGAAGGAGGACCGACGCCGUAUCUUGUAGGAAGAACACCGAUGGGAACGGAUCUCAUUUUAAAGAUCUCAGUGGACGCACUUCAGUGACCUCGGCGUUCUGGCUUGAAUCUCAUCCACUAUGCGUGGUGAAAGACCUGGUUGCUUGGGGUUGUCAACUUGGUUUCAUGAACUUGCUCAGAAGGAAUGGGGAAUCCCAGUGAAGAGAAAAGGCGGAACAGAUCGUUCGAUGGGCCGAGCAAGGCCUUGUCCUUCGACCCGGACCAUCAAGAGGCUCAGGCCUUUAGAAAGCGGCUCCGGUCACUCUGCGGCAAGCACGGGGAGCUGAAGGAGCUCAUGGAUAGCCGUGAGUUCGAAAAGGCGCUGGAAGUGGUCGACAGUAUGCUGGAGCUUUGCCAAGACAACACGGCCAUGAUGGCAUCUCUCUACACCGAGCGCGCCAAAGCGAACGUGCGCCUCAAGGACUGGCGGAGCGUCAUCAAGGAUGUUGGCCAGGCGACCUACAGGAACCACUCGCUGGUGCAGCCAUACCUCUUCCGAGCGCAGGCACUGCAGGCACUAGAGCGCCACGAGGACGCUGUGAAGGAGCUGGAGUCUCUGAUGUCCUGGCAUCCUGUGGAGAGUGUUUACCACAAGGUGGAGGAAGCAAAGUUUUUGCUGAGGAAGCACAAGCGAAAGAACUACUACGAGGUUCUGGGUGUGCCAUCAGUGGCAUCUCAUCUGGAAAUCAAGAAGGCCUACCGAGAGCGGGCGGCAGAGUGGCACCCGGACAAGAAGUCGCACCUGGAUGAGGCUGCCAGAAAGAACGCGGAGGAGAUGUUCAAGACCAUCGGGGAAGCCUAUGAGAUCCUCACAGACCCUGCGAAGAAGGAGCUCUAUGAGAAAGGCUAUGACCUGGAGGGCAUCAAUGAGCAGAUCGAGCUGAAAAAGAGGCGAACGGGCUGCUGCAACGGCAGGGGUGGCUGCUGCUGACGGGGCUACUGUCGGCUUCUCGAGUAGCUAGGUUCAUCACAAAUUUCUCUGCCCGGCCACGUGGCCUGGGUCCAGUGACCGUACCCCCCAGCGCCGCCCAAAAGUGGCGUGCACCGCAUUUUUGUGCGAUGCCGAGUCGCUGCCAGAGGCCACUUCUCUUGUGGGCCCCUCUGCAU